AUGUUCCACAGUAGCAGCAGUGGCAGCAGUAACAGCAUCAGCAGUAGUAGCAGCAGUAACAGCAGCAGCAGCAGCAUCAGCAAGAGUAACACACGUUACAUUCACAGCAGCAGUAGUAGCAGCAGUAACAGCAGCAGCAGCAUCAGCAAGAGCAACACACGUUACAUUCACAGCAGCAGUAGUAGCAGCAGUGGCAGCAGUAACAGCAUCAGCAGUAGUAGCAGCAGCAGCAGCAUCAGCAAGAGUAACACACGUUACAUUCACAGCAGCAGCAGUAGCAGCAGUGGCAGCAGUAACAGCAUCAGCAGUAGUAGCAGCAGUAACAGCAGCAGCAGCAGCAUCAGCAAGAGUAACACACGUUACAUUCACAGCAGCAGUAGUAGCAGCAGUGGCAGCAGUAACAGCAUCAGCAGUAGUAGCAGCAGUAGCAGCAGCAGCAGCAGCAUCAGCAAGAGUAACACACGUUACAUUCACAGCAGCAGUAGUAGCAGCAGUGGCAGCAGUAACAGCAUCAGCAGUAGUAGCAGCAGCAGCAGCAGCAUCAGCAAGAGUAACACACGUUACAUUCACAGCAGCAGCAGUAGCAGCAGUAGCAGCAUCAGCAGUAGUAGCAGCAGUAACAGCAGCAGCAGCAUCAGCAAGAGUAAAACACGUUACAUUCACAGCAGUAGUAGUAGCAGCAUCAGCAGCAGUAACAGC